GUUUUGACUCGUCGCAGAUAACAAAAAGAAAAAAAAAUGUAGAAACUAAAAAGAGGGAAAACAAAAUCGGAAGCGAAUUCCGCGUUACCUGGCAGUUUAGGCUGCAAGCCAAGUGCGAUCAGGCAGGCCAUCACCGGAAACAUAAAACGCAAGCACAUCACCUGAAAAACGCACCCUCUCCUCCAUUUCCCCUUUUCCUACUUCUCCUUCAACAUUGUACGCAAACACACAGGAGGCAGAGUAAAAAAUAAACUGUUUCAUAGUAUUCCCCCUCAGAUCUGAGACCUUUCUUGCUUCCGAUUCACUUUUCGGUUUGAUAAAUACAGAUCCGUCCAACCAUCACAUUCCAUUCCCGCUCCACCUGUAUGGUAUCCUCGGAGACGGAGUGAAGGCAGCGAGAGAAGAGAGGACGGAGAGUUCUCUCUCGCACAAAUUCGCAGUCGGCAACCAUGGCUCUUCAGAAGAUGGACCAGUUCAUAGAGAAUCUGCCGUCCAUGGAUCUGAUGCGCUCCGAGAAGAUGACCUUCGUUCAACUCAUUAUCCCCGCCGAGUCCGCCCACCGCGCCAUCUCCUACCUCGGCGAACUCGGCCUUCUUCAAUUCCGCGACAUGAAUGCUGAUAAAAGCCCUUUCCAGCGAACAUUUGUCAAUCAGGUCAAAAGAUGCGGAGAAAUGUCGAGGAAGCUGAGGUUUUUCAAAGAUCAAAUACAAAAAGCUGGUCUAUUGUCUUCUGCUCAUUCUACACUGGAACCUGAUAUUGAGCUGGAGGAAUUAGAGGUACAACUUGCUGAACAUGAACAUGAGCUAAUUGAGAUGAACUCAAACAGUGAGAAACUUCAGCAGUCGUUCAAUGAACUCUUAGAAUUCAAGAUAGUUUUGCAGAAGGCAGUUGGCUUUCUUGUAUCACACAAUAGUCAUGCAGUUGCUGACGAGACCGAGUUAGACGAGAAUGUGUACUCCAAUGGUGAUUUUGGUGAAGCAUCCUCGUUGCUUGAACAGGAAAUGCGGUCUGGGUCAUCAAGUCAAUCAACUGUGAGAUUUAUCAGUGGAAUUAUACCUAGAUCCAAAGUCUUAAGAUUUGAGAGGAUGUUAUUCCGUGCUACUAGGGGAAAUAUGCUCUUCAAUCAAACUCUGGCAGAUGAGGAAAUCUUGGAUCCUACUUCCAAUGAAAUGGUUGAGAAAACAGUAUUCGUAGUAUUUUUCUCAGGUGAACAGGCAAGAAUGAAGAUCAUAAAAAUUUGCGAAGCAUUUGGGGCAAAUUGCUACCCUGUUCCUGAGGAUAUAACUAAGCAAAGGCAAUUAACUAGAGAAGUCUUAUCACGUCUUUCUGAGUUAGAAGCCACUUUGGAUGCUGGAAUUCGCCACAGAAAUCAAGCCCUUAUUUCCAUUGGAUUGCAUCUAACAAAGUGGAUUAACAUGGUGAGGAUGGAGAAGGCUGUGUAUGAUACCCUGAAUAUGCUUAACUUUGAUGUGACGAAAAAGUGUCUUGUUGGUGAGGGUUGGUGUCCUAUAUUUGCAAAACCUCAGAUUCAAGAGGUGCUGCAACGUGCAACUUAUGAUAGCAGUUCUCAAGUCGGCAUAAUAUUUCAUGUAAUGGAAGCUACAGAGUCACCUCCUACUUAUUUCAGAACCAAUUGCUUCACUAAUGCCUACCAGGAAAUUGUUGAUGCAUAUGGGGUUGCUAGGUAUCAGGAAGCAAAUCCAGCAGUGUACACUAUAGUUACAUUUCCUUUUCUCUUUGCGGUGAUGUUUGGAGAUUGGGGCCACGGAAUAUGCUUGCUUUUGGGAGCACUGUUCCUUAUUGCUCGUGAGAAGAAGUUGGGUAGUCAGAAACUUGGAAGCUUUAUGGAGAUGCUUUUUGGUGGCCGCUACGUACUCCUUUUAAUGUCUCUUUUCUCAAUAUACUGUGGGCUGAUUUACAAUGAGUUCUUCUCCGUCCCUUUCCACAUAUUUGGUGGGUCUGCUUACAGAUGCAGAGAUGAUUCCUGCAGGGAUGCCCAUACUGUGGGGUUGGUUAAAUUCCGAGAUCCUUACCCAUUUGGUGUAGAUCCUAGUUGGCGUGGAAGCCGUUCAGAAUUGCCCUUUUUGAACUCUCUGAAGAUGAAGAUGUCUAUUUUAUUGGGUAUCACACAAAUGAACCUUGGAAUCUUAAUGAGUUAUUUCAAUGCACGCUUUUUUGGGAGCUCACUAGAUAUAAGGUAUCAAUUUGUGCCGCAGAUAAUCUUCCUGAAUUCCCUAUUUGGGUAUCUUUCACUUCUCAUCAUCACCAAGUGGUGCACUGGUUCCCAGGCAGAUCUUUAUCAUGUCAUGAUAUACAUGUUUCUGAGUCCCACUGAUGAUCUUGGUGAGAAUGAGUUGUUCUGGGGCCAAAGGCCUCUUCAGAUUGUGCUGUUGCUUUUGGCUUUAGUUGCAGUUCCAUGGAUGCUGUUUCCUAAACCAUUUAUUUUGAAGAAACUUCACACAGAGAGAUUUCAAGGCCGUACCUAUGGUAUGCUUGGUACCUCUGAAGUUGAUCUCGACUCAGAACCCGGUUCAGCAAGGGGUGCACAUCAUGAAGAUUUCAAUUUCAGUGAGGUGUUUGUGCACCAAAUGAUACACUCGAUAGAGUUUGUGCUUGGUUCUGUCUCCAAUACAGCUUCAUACCUUCGUCUUUGGGCUCUGAGCUUGGCCCACUCUGAAUUAUCAACAGUUUUCUAUGAAAAAGUCUUGCUCUUGGCGUGGGGGUAUGACAAUAUCGUGAUCCGAUUGGUUGGGCUUGUGGUUUUUGCAUUUGCCACCAGUUUUAUACUGCUCAUGAUGGAGACACUCAGCGCUUUCCUGCACGCGCUGCGUCUCCACUGGGUAGAAUAUCAGAACAAGUUCUAUUUCGGCGAUGGUUACAAGUUCAAACCGUUUUCCUUUGCCUCCUUAACCGAGGAAGAAGAUUAGCUCGUAUAACUCGGGUACACCCUUCUAUUUCUUUUGCCGAUGACAACACAAGAUAAGAUUCAACUUAAGGGAGGCUGAAAAUUUUGCCCAGGGUUUAGAAACAAGGGUUCCAAAUGGAACCCUCACACAUGGCACGAGCGGAGGAGUAUCGUAACAGUUUUCAUCUCAGGUCUGACAACUAUGAUGUUGCUGCAGGUUUAACUUAGAAAAAAAAUGUAAAAUGCCGACUCGUUUUCUUUUGAGUUAGCUUGGUAUAUAGGAGGAGUUUUCUUCUUACACUCUAGCUGUUAAGUCCAUAGCUCUCCUUGUGUGUUUACAUUUUUUCUUUCUGGUCUUCUCUUCAUUUUGUGUGUGGAGAAAAAGAGGGGGAGAAGAAAGGAGAGGAAAAAGAGAGAAAAAUAAAGGGAGGGAAUGUGGGAAUAAUGAAUAUAUAUGUAAAGAGGGCAGGAGAAUACAUUUUCUAUAGUAAGCAUUGGAUAAACAACAUAGCUCUACAAACUUCUGAGAAGAUGAUGAAGGUGGAGUGGGAAUUUUUGGUGGGUAUCUGUUCCAGGUCGUUUUAUAUCAUCUGCCAAAGGUAAGGGUGUAAUGCUCAUCUGUAUACAUCCUAUGAUAGCAUCUCUUCUUUCUGGCCCUAUUUGAUUUCUGUAAACCUUUAUAAUAUGGAGUUGAUGGCAAAUAGAAUCAGUUUCCUCUUAGGC